CAUGGCGUCGAAGAAGGAGUUGUUUAAGUUUACCAAGUGGUUGAUGCUAGCCAGCGGCAUAUGGCGCUUGAAAAUUACGAUCGCCAGCGGGUUUUUGCAGAAUUUAUACAAAGUGUACUCCAUUACUAGCCAAAUUAUCUACGAUUCCGUUGUGAUAAUGUUUAUAGUCGAGUUUUACAGAUUGUAUACCGUUGAUAGGGCAAAAGCUGUCGAAAACUUGUCAAGGUUAAUUUUCGUCGUACUUCUGAUCGUCAAACUUACGUUAUGUCAGUCGGAGAAGAUGAUAGAUUUGCUAUCGCUGACCCUCGAUGAGGAAUCAAGGAUCUCUGCGAUCAACGAUCCCGAAACCCAGAAGAUUUAUAGAAUUCACGUGAAAUACUCAAACUCUUUAACCGCUAUCAUUGCGAUUUGCUCAUUUUCGUUGGCCAUAUACUUAACCGAGAUGGGUUUCGAGUCCAAUUAUAAAUCCAACCGGCGGCAGAAAUUUGAUAAUGAUACGUUGGAGACAGCACUGGCUGUUCAAGUCUGGUACCCCUUUGACAAGAACAAGCAUUUCGGCAUCGUUAUGGCUCAUCAAACGGUGGAAAUACUGUUAACAGCCUUGUAUAGUGGUUCAGUACACGCGUUUUCGAACUCCGUGAUGAUAUAUUUGAGAGCACAAUUAAAAAUUUUACAACACUAUUUUAGACAUUUCCACCACCCUUUCGAUAGGUUCGAAAACGAUUUGCGAACAAGAAGUUCAUUUCAUAUUUUGAGAAACUAUUGUCGAAAGCAUCAGAAGUUGAUUAAUUGGAUAGAAGAAUUCAACGGGUCGUUUAAAUAUAUAAUGUUUUUGGAAUACUGCGUGUCAUCUUUACUACUUGCUGCAGUUAUAUUCCAAAUUUUUGCGGGAAUAGAAGUAUUAUUUAAUACCGUGUACUUGGUAUUAAUAAUUUGCCAAUUGAUGGCUUUAGCGUGGAACGCGGAUGAAAUUCUGGUUGAGGUAGAGGUUAUAACAUUGGCUAUUGAUGAAUAUCCAGUAAUUUUUCAGAGUACGAAGUUGUCUCUAGCAUUGUACGAAAGCGAAUGGUACAAUCAGGAUAAGAAAGUCAUCAUACUUAUUCACUUCAUGAUGCAAAAAUGUCGGACACCACUAACUUUAAACAUUGGUGCUUUUGGACCUAUGACCGUCAGCGCCGCAUUAUCACGUUUUAAACUGGCUUAUUCCUAUGUCUCUGUGAUGUCUUCUGGAACUGCUUAACAAAGAUUUGCAAUUUCUUGUUAAAAGAUCUGUAAUUUUAAAUAGUUAGACAGACAGAUCUGGACAGCCAGCCCAUUUCGUAAAUCAACAUUGGAACGCAAAACAUUAGUUUCAAAGAUAUAUUUAAAUAAGUAAAUUAUACGUAAAGUGAUGUUUUGGAAUUUUUUUCAUCGAAAUACAAUAUUAUACAU